GUCCACGUAUCCCAUGCACUCGACACAUGCAGACAUCCUCCAAUCGGCAUCGGACGAUGGCCCAUUUGUUGAGGCCCAACGCUUAGCUAAGCCUGGGUGAUCGGCGCUGAUUGGUUCUCCCUAAAUAAACACCCCCUCCCGCCUCGAUUCCCCUCCUCUCUCAACCAAGUACAAGUAUACGAUCCAUUCCUUUUCUACUUCCUCAAAUACCUCUACCCGUUCAUUUCCUAUAUACCUGAAGCGCCCAAGUCAUGAAGAAGCGCUCUUCCUCCCAGAAUCCCGCCGAUAUGGAUCGCAGUGUCUAUAUCCCGCUCUGCAUCUGCCUUAUCUCUUUCGCGGUGAUCGCAUACAAUCACUAGUUAUCUGGUCGACUUGCUUGGAACGCCACACCCAAACACCAACUUUUACCAGUUCACCAGUCGCAAACACACCGCACUCCAUAUCUCAGUUACAAGUAAUCUGCGCAAUCUCUGCGAAUUCAGUCGCAAAUGCACCUCCAGCCGUUGCAGGCCUCCCUGAUGCUAGUCAACAGCACCAAUCUGGGAGCCACGAUCGAGGCCCAGCCGCAAUAUGGGCUGUCUAGCGAUUACGCACAAACGGCACCAGCUGUGGAAUUGCGAGGGAAUUCAACACCUCCCUGUGCAUACAUGCGCUUCGCUCUCCACAUCGGCGUUGACGUCAAGGGGAUAUAGUUUCACCAAGCCAAGUCAGGCAAGAGAGGAGCUGUCUCUCAUAUUAUCGUCAAAUGAUCAGAUCUGCUUCCAAGGGAUUUUCCCUUCCAACCCCACACCUUCAUGUGCUAUCUCAUGUUCCCUCAUUCUCCUCGAUCUCGAACAUCGCCCACUACCAGCUUGAUUCCAACUAUCGAGUUGGAUGAUAUUGCGCACCUUUUCAAAUCGGUGCCAUCCUCUUGCCUCUAUGGUAUACCGCCUCUGUUAUGCCAUGAUUACCUCCUCAGAUACUCCAUUGAGAGACCCCGAGACUGGCUUUGGUGUACUCUUGGAGCAACCCUGCAGCAACCACGUUCUUUCAUAUUUCCUUCUGUCUUGACGAAUCUUUGGCUCAAUCAUACCUCUCCAGCAUGUGAUGAGAUUUUCAACCCAUCUAUGGCUGUAUCCAGAUCGAGGUUGUUUAAAACGCAGACCAUUAUUCAUUCGAUACAAAUAAUUGACUUGAUAUCAUAUCAACAUGUUUCAUCAACUUGAAUAUCCAUUGUCGCAGACGAUGAUAAUUAGUCAACCAGCCUCAUGCACUUCGCUACGCAUCUAUAGCAGCUGGGUAGAGCGAGGGCUACGGUUAUAGUUCCGAGGUCAUCGCUAUAAUUGGUACAUCUCAUGUGACCAGGCUAAGUAUGCAAAGUGUCAGACCUAGUAUACAAAGCGACAUUGCUGCGCUAGACUUACAGUCUGCCGGAUGAAAUAGCUUGAAAAUGCAAGUAAGCAUCGCUAGAUCAUGAACCAAUCCUGACUAAGACUUUCCUCCAUCAUCGAUCGAAUGCCGUAAUCGAACGCGAUUUGUCAUCACGUGGCCUCGGCCAGACCGCUGCGAGUCAAGUUCAAGUUUCCUGGCGCGCGUAGUUAUCGAUCGCCGAUAUCGUAAUCGUCACUCCCUUUUGUCAGCUCUUUUUUUCCCUGGUCUUUUCCCUGUACAUACCCCGCCAUUCUUGCCGGCCUUUUCCCCCUCCUCCCUCUCCUAUCCAUGCUCUCCCGUUCCCUUCGCAUUCCCUCAUCCAGGAUCAGCUUUCGCAGUUCUGUCCUGACCCGGUCCCCCGUCACCAAGUCCAUUCACACUGGUCCGCGGCCGACCGUUACCCAAACUCUGGCGACCAUCAACCGCUCCUCUGCGACGACCUUGACUCUCUCCAGCUCCCGGCUGUCUUCAAUUUCUCGGCAUUUCUCGUCGUCGUCACCUGCUUCGGAAAGCAAGGAAUCCUCCACAAUGGCUCCUGUCAAGGUUCAACAGUAUGACUACAUCGUCCUGGGUGGUGGUAGCGGAGGUAGCGGAAGCGCCCGUCGCGCCGCGGGAUGGUACAAGGCGAAGACCCUGAUUGUCGAGAGCGGCCGUUCUGGCGGUACUUGUGUGAACGUUGGCUGUGUCCCCAAGAAGAUGACCUGGAACUUUGCGACUGUUAACGAGACCUUGGAGACCGCUAAGCACUACGGCUAUGACAUUCCCGAGGGAACCAAGAUCAACUACAAGCACUUCAAGGACACCCGUGAUGCUGUGAUCAACAACCUGAAUGGCGUCUACGAGCGCAACUGGAACCGGGAAGGCAUCGACCUCGUUCACGGCCGUGCUCGCUUCGUCGAGCCCACUGUCAUUGAGAUUAGCCUGCACGAUGGCACCACUGCCCGCUACACCGCACCUCACAUCCUGAUUGCGACCGGUGGUCGGCCGAACAUCCCCGCCGUUCCCGGUGCCGAGCACGGUAUCACCAGUGACGGCUUCUUCGAGAUGGAGGAGCUUCCCCCGAAGCUUGCCGUCGUGGGUGCUGGUUACAUUGCCGUCGAGCUGGCCGGUGUCAUGAACGCUGCCGAUGUGGAGACUCACAUGUUCAUUCGUGGCGAGCACUUCCUGCGCAAGUUCGACCCCAUGAUUCAGAAGACCAUGACCGAUCGGUACGAGGCUGCCGGUGUCAAGUUGCACCGCAAGUUCCAGGGCUUCAAGGAGGUGAAGCUCCUCCGUGAUGGCAAGGGCAAGGACAAGCUCAUCAAGCUAAUUGGCAAUGAUGGCUCCGAGUUGGAGGUCAACGAGGUUCUCUGGGCCGUUGGUCGUGCUCCAGAGGUCGAGGACCUGCACCUGGACAUUCCUGGUGUGAAGCUGAACUCUAGCGGUCACAUCAUUGUGGACGAGUACCAGAACACCUCGGUCCCCGGUGUCUAUGCCCUUGGUGACGUGACUGGCCAGGCGGAGCUGACCCCAGUUGCUAUUGCCGCCGGUCGUCAACUUGGCAACCGCCUUUUCGGCCCUCCCGAGCUGAAGACCUCCAAGCUUUCCUAUGAGAACAUCCCGACCGUUGUUUUCUCCCACCCCGAGGUUGGCUGCAUCGGUCUUACCGAGCCCGAAGCCCGCCAGCAGUACGGUGAUGACAAGAUCAAGAUCUACCACACCAAGUUCACCGCCAUGUACUACAGCGUUAUGCCGGCCGAAGAGAAGGCCAAGAACCCCACCGAGAUGAAGAUUAUUUGCGCCGGCCCCCAGGAGAAGGUGGUUGGUCUGCACAUCCUUGGCCUUGGUGUCGGUGAGAUGCUCCAGGGCUUCGGUGUCGCCGUGAAGAUGGGUGCUACCAAGCAGGACUUUGAUAGCUGUGUGGCCAUUCACCCGACUAGCGCCGAGGAGCUGGUUACUCUGCGGUAAAUUUAGAGAUAGAAUAUAAGGCAGUCCCGCAAGUGCGAUAAUAAACUUCUUCUGUCCAUUUUCAGAUACAUUGCGACUCGAAGUGAAGCUUAAAGACAUUAUACAGCCACAAGGAUUGUAUGUAUGAGGAGAGAUCUUUGCU